CCCCUGAUCAAUCCCAAAUGAACCACACACAGUAUAUAAAGGGAAUUUGGUCCAAAUUAAGACGCCAAAGCUGCUGUCUGGAAGGUUGCCAAGAUGAGGACAGCCCUGUGUUUGUGGAUCGUUAUGGGAGUGCUCUGCCCGGGAGAGGUCAGAGGUCACAAAGGUAACGGAGGUGACCGCCACCACGGUCACAGUCGCGACCAUGGUGGUGACCGUGACCAUAGUGACAGGCGUGACCGCGAACAUGGUGACAGGCGCGACCGUGACCAUGGUGACAGGCCCGACCACGGUCACGGACGCAACCAUGACCAUGGUGACAGGCGCGACCACGGGCGCGACCAUGACCACGGUCACGGACGAGACCACGGUCACGGACGAGACCACGGGCAUCAUCAUCAUCAUGAGCCCAGUGACAACAGCACUAAACCAGUGAUCCAAGGAAACUUGGAGUUUGCUUAUAGCCUGUACAAUCAGCUGGUGGCUCAACCUGACAACCAGGGCAAGAACGUGUUCUUCUCCCCGCUGAGUGUGUCCCUGGCCCUGGCCGCUCUGUCUGUGGGGGCCAAGGGUCAAACCCACCAGCAGCUUUUCACUGUUCUGGGCUUCAACAGUAGCCUACUGACCCAAGAACAGGUGGACCAGGCCUUCCAGACCAUCCUCACACAGCUCAACCAGAAAAUAGGUGUGAACCUGACCGUAGGAAGUGCACUUUUCAUGCAAAACACCUUUACACCACACCCCGAGUUCCUUGAGGACUUGAAGCGCUUCUACCUUUCUGAGGGUGUCACAGUGGACUUCACCAACACUGCUAAGGCCAUCGAUACAAUCAAUACAUACGUGGGGGACAAGACUAAAGGCAAGAUAGACAAGUUAGUCAAAGAUCUGGACCCAACCACUGUCAUGUACCUCCUCAGCUACAUUUACUUCAAAGGAAAAUGGGAGAUUCCAUUUAACCCUGCAGACACAAAGGAGGACACAUUUCAUGUGGAUGAAAACACCACUGUUCCGGUCCAGAUGAUGAGCAUGAUGAAGAGGUUCUCCGUCUACUACGACCAGGAGAUCUCCACCAGUAUCCUGCAUCUCCGCUACAACGACUCAGUAUCCAUGAUGUUGGUGCUACCGGAGAAGGGACUCGCUAGUCUGGACGAAGUCAUAUGCCUCAACCACAUCACCAAGUGGCACAGGUGGAAGAAAGCCAGGGAAUAUCAUGUAUAUGUUCCCAAGUUGUCCAUCACCACAACAUACUCCCUCAAGGACAUUCUGAGUGGAAUUGGAAUGCCGGACAUAUUCAGUGAUCGAGCUGACUUCAGUGGAAUAUCAGAGGAACUGAAGGUGGCUGUCUCAGAGGUGGUGCAACAAGCCUCCUUGGACGUGGAUGAGGCUGGAGCGACCACAGCAGCUGCCACAGGUGUGGUCCUUAUGCCCCUCUCCUCCCGACACACCCAUGUCUUGAAGUUCGACCAUCCAUUCAUGGUCUUUGUCAUGGACCGGGAGACCAAGAAUAUUCUCUUCAUGGGCAAGAUCAUCAACCCAGCCAACAAAUAAAACCGGUGCUAUGUAAAACCUGUGCUGCAGAAAACAUGUGGUCUAUUAUCACAAAUUGAAAUCUAAGUGCUGCUGUUAGGAAACCAGUAAGCAAACCCAUCCAAACUCUUCUGGGUCAAUCUAUCCUGGGAACCCAAAGCUAACAAGAGUAUAAAUUCUCUGUAUUCACUUUGCUGGAUAUUUGCACAACUAUUAAAUACAUAUCACCAUUUGCUGCCAGUCAUAUCUUUUGGUUCUAUGCCUAAAAAAGCACGUUACAGAAUUUGGACACAUACAUGUUCUUGCAACGUUCCCAUGAAACGUGUCUAGAACAUUAAUAUAAUAUAUUCGGAGAACAUGGUAACCAUGUUCUGUGCAUGUUUGAUGGGACGUUCAUGGAAUAUUCUCCUUACCCACAGAAACUGGACACAUUCAUUUUCUUGAAAUGUUCCCAUGAAAUGUGUCUAGAACAUUAAUAUCUUAAGUUCUGAGAACAUGGUAACUGUGUUCUGGGUAAGUUCUAGCUGACAUUAAGGGAAUGGUCUCUUGGAAACAUUCCUUGCACGUCACAGGAACAUUGCUUUGAAAAUGUUAGUUAAUGACCUAACUAGACUCGUAAGGGAACGUUCUCUAAAGUUCUGAGGAACGUUUGUUGGGAUUAAGGAUUGGCGUCCCAUCAACGGGACAGUUGUAAAUCAUUCAGCAUGUUAUGUCAAGAUCCCAGAUUUUAACAACAAAUGUCGGUAGAAGUGUCUUAUAUCAGCUGAAAGCUUAAAUUCUUGUUAAUAUAACUGCACUGCCAAUUUACAGUAGCUAUUACUGCAAAAAGAAUGCCAUGCUAUUGUUUGAGGAGAGCUCCUAACACCAAAACCGUUUUUGACGGCGAAAUGUGUACUUACAUUCUGAAAUCUUGCUCUGAUUUAUCAUCCAAAGGGUCCCAGAGAUAACAUGAAGUGUCGUUUUGUUAGCUAAAAUCCCUUUUCAUGUCGUAAAGUACAUAUAACAUGCACGAUCGAUUUUGUAUUUGCAGUUGUUCAAUUUGCAUAGAAAUUAAACUGUGAAAAUCUCACCCUAAA